CUAAGCCUUCAUGAUCCAAUAAAAACCCAAACCCUAGACUUGAAACAAGGUGAGAGAUUAAUAAUAAUAGAGAAAAUUUAUUAAUUUUUUUUGUGUAUAAGUGAUUCCAAUAUGGAUGUAGCAGCUGGUGGUGGUUUCAAAAAUGUUACAUCUCCCACUCCUUACCUCUUUGGUGGCCUAGCUCUCAUGCUUGCAAUUAUAGCAUUUGCAUUAAUUAUCUUAGCAUGCACUUGUCAAGAAAAUUCUUUAUCUACAAACGCUGGUGGAUAUGAAGAGAAAGAUACCAAGAAUGUGGAAAUGGUGGUGGAUUUAGAGCCUAAGAUUGUUGUAAUAAUGGCUGGAGAUACUAAUCCUACAUACUUGGCUAAACCUCUAUCAUCAACAUGCCAUACUGAAGAAAUGGUUUAGAAGUAUGCAUGGUUUUUUCAUAGUUUUAAGUUAUGGAAUAUCUCUCAAAAAAAAAGUUAUGGAAUAUGGUUGUGGGUUACCUUGAUGCAAAUGUUUAUAUUACAAGAAUGUUCAUUUGACGCAGGCGAAAUUAAGGGUGUGAUGUCAUUGCAGAAAGCUAAAAACGCUCAAUUAUGCAGCCACGAUUGCAGUUGCGGACCAUAAUUUAAAACCAUGAAAGGAUUUCUUGAAUGAAAUCAUCAGCGAAAUGGAGAGAAGAUAAAUAACAAAGAUACUAAUUAAUGUUUUAUGUCCAUUGACAUUUAUUUGUACUAUUCCUUGUGUUGAUUUUGUGAAGUCUUAGAGUAGUAAUGAUAUAUAUAAGGUGUGAUGGUUUUAGAUUUUGUAGGGAUGAUUUUGAAAGAAUUGAAUUCCGUUUGUAUGUAAUUUAUUUG